CACAUUUAUAUAAAAGUUAACACAAAUUCAGAAAUCAUAUUACUUUUGUAAACCUAAAGUCCAUAUACCAAUCAAACAUGUAUUUAAAACUAGUUGUGACCCUAAUAUCAGCGCAAUGUCUGUACGGGUGGACAGACGAUGGCCAGGCAUUGACACCACCGAUGGGUUUCGUGUCGUACACUGCUUUCGAUAACGACGAGAAUUGUGACAAAUAUCCCAAUGAAUGCGUUAAUGAAAAGCUGUAUAAAGAUAUGGCCGACAGACUGGUCGCCGACGGCUUUAAGGACUUGGGCUAUGAGUACAUCAAUAUAGACGACCGAUGGAGUGAAGUGGAAAGGGAUUCCCAGACCCGCCGACUCGUGCCCAACAAAAAGCGAUUCCCCAAUGGUAUCAAAGCAUUGACUGAUUAUAUGCACUCAAAAGGCCUUAAAUUUGGUAUCUAUGGGGACAUCGGAAACCUAACCUGUAGCGGCGUAUACCCUGGUCUUAAUAACCACACGCCGGGAGGGAAAGACUACUUCGAUGUGGACGCCCAGACAUUCUCGGAAUGGGGGGUCGACUCAUUCAAAGUGGACGGUUGUUACGAAGACACCAAAAAAUACGAUACUUUAUACCCAAAGUUGGCUCAGGCUAUGAACGCCACGGGUCACAAGAUGUUGUUGGUGUGCGAGUGGCCAUUCUUCCAGUACGUGUUCAGUGGUAUUAAUCCUGAUUACGACGCCAUCGCUAAGACGUGUCACGCGUUUCGUAAUUAUAAGGAUAGUAUGGACUCUGGUAUUAAUCCUGAUUACGACGCCAUCGCUAAGACGUGUCACGCGUUUCGUAAUUAUAAGGAUAGUAUGGACUCGUGGGCCAGUAUUGACGAGAUUAUCCAAUAUUACGGUCAAUACAACGAUUUAUUCAUUAAACACAGCGGACCGGGACAUUGGGCUGAUCCGGAUGAGCUAUCAAUAGGCAACUCCGGGCUGUCUUGGCAUCAAAGUCGUACCCAAAUGGCGAUGUGGUGUAUGUGGUCGUCACCACUACUCAUGUCCACUGACAAUUCUGUUAACUUUGGCCUUAAGAGCGAUUCUCUCACUAACCGCAUUCCUAAGAUAAAGAAAGACUCGUUGUCCAAACCCACUUUGGCCAUCUCGGACACCACUUGCCGGUCACCAGAAUACAGUAGUAUGUCACACAAAGUGUCGGAACUGAUCAAAGUGUCCGCCAAAGAGACCAAAUAUGAAGUGCACGACCUGUUUGUUGAUGAGGGCAAAGAGGUGUUGGGCACUCUGGGUAUAAAUGAUAUGCUGGAGCUAUUAGUUCAUACAUCGGGUGCCGUUAGAGUUGUUAAGCUAUUAGUCAAAUAA